AUGCAAGUGAAAUUCAAAAACAAGAAGAAAUCAGUGAGGAAUCAUUUUAAUUCCAAGAAUUUUUCAAAAUCAGGAAAAUCAGGAACGGGUUCUCUUACUGAACCAGAUGGAAAUAUUAAAACAUUGGCUGAAGAAAAUGAUCUAAAACUGAUGUCGGAUCCAUUGGAAGGUGCAGGUUUCCAUUGCCAAAGUGAAGAAGAUGCUAGAUUCAAGGAAGGUGACGAAGAUGCUGGAUUCAAGGAAGGUGACGAAGAGGAGAUAGUAGCUGAUUCUUCAGUUUCUAUUAAAGUUGUUCAAGAGGUUCUAGAACUGCAGAAUUCUUUUAACAAGAAUUGGAAGAAGAAGGAAGAUAUUAGUAAGACUGAUAAAGCAGAGAAGAAGAACUCAAACAACGUUCCUACUUCUGACGAAGAUCAUUUGGUUAAUAUUGUGGAAGAUGAGGUAUCAGUUAAAAGCUUGACAAAGGAUGACAAUGUAUCUGUAUCCCAUGAUGAAGAUAGCAAAGUUAUUACUAUUAACAAUAACAGAUUCAGUUUACUCAGCAAUCAAAUAGAAGAAGGGGAAUUUGUACCAGAAUUCUCGGCUCCAGUUCAGGAACCUGUAGAUCCUCCAGACAGAAAUCUAAAAGAAUCCAGCUUUGCUAAUACCCCUGAAGUUCAAUGCAGUGAAGAUGUUAGCAACACAGUUAAGAAGAAAAAAUCAAAGCAAUUGAAGGACUUGGGACCUGUUAGCUUAAAUUUAAGGAUCAGGAAGAUGGAAAUGGCUACAAGAGUUGGUUUAUUGGAAACCAAAUUAACUUCACUUGAUAGGAGAGAAGUUAAUAAUCUUAUUGAAGAUAGAUGGGACUAUACUAUAAUAUCCUCUAAUGGAUUAUCAGGUGGCAUAAUUAUGUUAUGGGAUACUAAUGUAGCUGUUUUUAAUAUGAUUGAUUCUUCCAAUCAAUGUAUUAUUGGAGACCUAUUGUUCAACAACAACAAUAAAUGGAGAGUGGCUGCAGUUUAUGCAAACAAAGAAUGUAGUAAAAGAAGAGAACUUUGGGAUAAGCUGGCUAUUCAUUCAUCUGUUGAAGACCCGAUGGUAGUUGCUGGAGACUUCAACUGUCUCACUUCAAUAGAAGACAAAAAAGGAGGAAGAAGGUUCAAAUUUACUCAAGGACCUAAGGAAAUGGAAGCAUUCUUCACCAUCAAUGAUUUUCAUGAGGUAAAUUUUAUUGGCCCCCGUUUCACUUGGUGCAAUAACAAAAUUGGUGGAGCUCGUAUUCUAGAAAGGCUCGACAGGUGUUUUCUCAACUCAAAUGCUUUAAAUUUAUCUUUUGACGUGGUGGUUAAGCACUUAGCUAGAAUUGCUUCCGAUCAUUGCCCUAUCAUUCUAAGCAUCCGCUCAUUUAAACCUCCUCAAGUUAAAAGGUUUAAAUUUGAGGACGUUUGGACCUCUUAUCCAGUGGCUAUUAAGGUGGUCAAGAAGGCUUGGGCUAUCAAUUAUAAGGGAAGUCUUGCUCAUAUAUUAAAUUCCAAAUUCAAAAGAUCUUUAAAAUCUCUUUUUUAUUGGAGCAAAGCCAAAAAAAUCAGUCUUAACCUUGCUAAAGACAAACUUAUGGAGGAAAUUCUGGACCUUCAAAAUCUGGAAGCCGAGAAAGGAGAACUUUCUAAUGAAGAUUGUUGGAGACUCAAAGCUAAAGUGCUGGAGCUCAAUUCUACAUUAGCUAGACUCAACACAUGGUGGAGACAAAGAGCUAAAGUCAAGUGGAUGAAUGAUGGAGAUUGUAAUUCAAAAUUUUUUCACUCAUAUGCAAGUGCUAAAAGAAGAAUGAAUAACAUAGUAAAGCUCAAGGAUGAGGAGGGGAAUGUUAUGGAAGAUAAGAAUCAGAUAGAAGAUAUUCUUAUCAAAUUCUUCAAGCAAAAAUGGAGAUAUAGGGAUAGCUCAAGAGCUGGAUGGCCCAAUUCAAAUUACAGCUUGAAUGAAAGCGACAGAACUUGGCUGGAUAGAGGAUUUUCGGUGGAGGAGGUGGAGCUAGUCAUCAAAGAUUUGGGGUCCAACAUUGCACCGGGUUGUGAUGGUAUCACAUAUUCUUUCCUAAAAUCUUAUUGGGAUAUUAUUAAACUUGACUUUAUAAAUGCCAUCAAUUUUUUUCUGACGCAAGGAGAAAUGGAUAAUACUUGGAAAGAUACUCUGAUAGUCUUAAUUCCCAAGAUUUUAAAUCCUCUGUUGCCUAUAAACUUCAGACCAAUAAGCCUUUGCAACUCUAUUUACAAAGUGGCGGCAAAAGUUCUUCAUAAUAGGCUCAUCAUGAUUAUUCCCAAAAUCAUAUCCGAGGAACAAGCAGCUUUUAUACAGGGGAGAUCAAUUUCUGAUCAUUUAUUAAUUGCUCAAGAGGUAUUUCAUAAAUUCAGAUUCUCAAAUUCAAACAAAGGUUUGGUAGCUUACAAAAUAGAUAUGGAACAAGCUUAUGAUUCUAUGAGUUGGGAUACUCUUGAAGGAGUUUUAAAAUACUUUGACUUCCCUACUAAAUUCUCUAAAUUGAUUUUGGAAUGUGUUUUAAAGCCAAGGUAUUCUAUCAUUAUAAAUGGAAGUCAAACUGAUUGGAUUUCAGCCAUGAGUGGCUUUAGGCAAGGAUGCCCAUUGUCACCAUUUCUUUAUAUAAUGUGUUCUCAGCUUCUUUCCAAUGCACUUGCAAUGACAUCUAUUGGGCUGAACAUCUCCUCUAAGGGGCCCCGGAUUUCACACCUGCUGUAUGCAGAUGAUGUUAUAAUGUAUUCGGAAGCAAACAAGAAGAUGGCGUUGGAAGUGAAAUGCAUUCUAUCCAAUUUCAGCAAUUGGACCGGGCAGAAUGUGAAUCUGAGGAAAUCAGGAAUUUUAUUUGGGAAAAAGGUGGAUAGAAGAAGGGGGAAAUCUAUCACCAGAAUCUUGGGAAUCAAGGAGGUUAAUGAAAUAACAUACCUCAGAAUCAAGAUGGCUAUAAGAAGACUAAAGGCUGAAGAUCAUAAAUUCAUUAUUGAGAAAUCUUUGAGAAAGAUCAACACGUGGGGAAGCAAAACACAUUCCUUGGCUGGAAAAAUAGCUCUUGUAAAGACGCCCAAUGGUGAAAUUGGCAUUCAUUAUGUUAAAUGGGAGGAGCUUUGCAAUCUGAUAAUCAAAGGAGGUAGAGGUCUGUUCUCUCCUACUAACAGGAUAGCUGAUUUAAGAGCUAGAAUUACAUGGAGGUUCUUUAAUGAAAAAACAUUUCUAUUCAAAAUCAUGGCCACAAAAUAUGGCUACAGAAUUGAUGAAGGAAGAUACAAGAAGAACCUUUCUCCCUCUUGGAAAAUUAUUAAAGACGGUAGUAAUGCUCUCCAACCAUUUUUAAAAUGGAGUGUGGGAAAUGGUUCAUCUAUAAAAGUUUUCAAAGACAUUUGGCUACUUGAUAGAAGACUAAAUGAGUGGCCUACUUAUGUUAUCCCUCAAGAAGAAGAGGAGUUAUUAUUGGAGGUAUUCAUAGACGAAAUUAAUUGGGAUAUGGCUGAAUUGAGAAAAGUUUUCAAUGAAGAAAUGGUCGAACUCAUUACUCGAACAACUCCCAUAAAUUCCCAAAGGCAGAUGGAUAAACAAGAGCUCAUUUAUAAAGGGGCGGGGAAGACUAUUUCUGGAAUGAUAGCUGAAUCUAGAUUUAAAGAUAUGCCGGAUUGUAGAUUUUCAAAAUGGCUGAAAAAAGCAAAACUCAACCCAUGGAUAUAUGUCUUUUGCUGGAGAUUAUUCAAAGGUGCUAUUACUACAAAUCAAUUUCUGGCUUUUAGAAGACUGCAGGAGGAAGAAGAUUGUCCUAGAUGCAUGAACGGUAUUGAAGAUAUAGACAAAAUCAUAUGUAAAUGUUCAAAAAUCAAAGAGGUCUUCAAUCAAGUUAACAAAUGGGGUUUUGGGAUCCCUCUCUUUGAAAAUUUACAUGACUGCUUCAAUUGGAUGGAUCAUAUUUCAGCUAAUAAUGGUAUGAUUUUGAAUUUAUUCUUCAAUGUCUUAUUUUUCUCUUGGAACGCUAUAAAAAAGUUCACCCAUGACAAGGAGAAAGUUGGAGCAAUCUCGGUAGCAGCUGAAGCAGUUUGUUUCUCCUCUAUUUCUAAAUUGAUGGCUAAUCAUUAUUCGGAAAAAUGGGAUGUUAACCAGCCUAUUAGGCUGUCCAAUUCUUGGCAUCCCCCUCCACCCGAAUGGUUAAAAAUCAAUGUUGAUGCCUCUCUAGAUAGUACAUAUAGAGCUGGAAUAGGAGGAGUCUUUCGUGAUAGAAAGGGAAGGAGGAAUCAAGUUUGUAGUCUGUUCUUGUGA